UUGCAUUUUUUUUUUACACUGUGACUUUCAUUUGUAGCAGCAGGGAGAGACGCAGACGGGAUUGUGCUCGAGAUCACCGCGACCCGGAAUCGAGCAGCUUCUCAACACUCACAUUCCAAGAAUAUUUGCAGCCCCUGGCAUGAGUUAAACACAACGAAGUGGUUCGCUCUUGAGUUUUGGCGUGCACGGUCGACUUUGUCGGUCGUUUACUUUCCGCUUUUGAUUUUUGCAAGAAGACUUGACCGCCUUGAAUCACAGGCAGACAAGCCAGGGAAAGCAGAAGUCUCAACUCGCCUCGGGCUCUCGUUCUGCAGGCAUGUCGCAGAAAGAAAGACCAACUUUUUAUCGACAGGAGGUCAACAAGACGAUAUGGGAGGUCCCUGAGCGAUAUAAGAACUUAUCUCCCGUCGGCUCUGGUGCAUACGGAUCUGUUUGCUCUGCAUAUGAUGAAAAGACCGGAUUGAAGGUCGCUGUGAAGAAGCUGUCAAGGCCAUUUCAGUCCAUUAUCCAUGCCAAGCGGACCUACAGGGAAUUGAGGCUACUCAAGCAUAUGAAACAUGAGAAUGUGAUUGGCUUGUUGGAUGUUUUUACGCCUGCCACCAGCCUGGAGGAGUUUAAUGAUGUGUACCUGGUGACUCAUCUAAUGGGUGCUGACCUGAACAAUAUUGUGAAGUGUCAGAAGCUGACCGAUGAUCAUGUUCAGUUCCUUAUUUACCAGAUCCUGCGAGGGCUUAAGUACAUCCAUUCGGCUGACAUAAUUCACAGGGACUUGAAACCCAGUAAUCUGGCAGUAAAUGAAGACUGUGAACUUAAGAUCCUUGACUUCGGUCUGGCUCGACACACAGAUGAUGAGAUGACAGGGUAUGUGGCCACAAGGUGGUACCGUGCUCCAGAGAUCAUGCUUAACUGGAUGCACUACAACAUGACAGUGGACAUUUGGUCAGUGGGCUGCAUCAUGGCUGAGCUGUUGACAGGCAGGACUCUGUUUCCUGGCACAGAUCACAUUGAUCAGUUGAAGCUUAUUAUGCUUCUGGUUGGAACUCCAGGACCUGAGCUGUUAAUUGAAAUUUCUUCGGAGUCUGCUCGUACUUACAUCAACUCACUUCCUCAGAUGCCCAAGAGGAGUUUUGCUGACGUGUUUAUCGGAGCUAAUCCAUUAGCUGUGGACCUUCUAGAAAAGAUGCUGGUCUUGGACACGGAUAAGCGCAUCACUGCGGCGGAGUCUCUGGCUCACCCGUACUUUGCUCAGUACCAUGACCCAGAUGAUGAACCCGAGGCAGAGCCUUUCGACCAGAGCUUUGAGAGCCAAGAGCUUGAUAUUGAAGAGUGGAAACGUCAGACAUAUGAAGAGGUGAUAAGUUUUGAGCCGCCAGUCUUUGAAGGAGAUGAAAUGGAAUCUUGACCUUCUCUUCUGGAUGGCAAUCAAACCAACUGUAAUACUUUUACAGUAAUGCUGUUAUUUUGCAGUAUUGUAAUCAGCCAGGCAGUAGGACGUUUGACUGUUUCUUUUCUUUUUUAUGAUGUCUGCUGGGCCAAACAGAAGGAAUAGAUGUCAUAGAAAAUCCUUAUUUCACACAUUGAAUCUCUUCAAAAGAUUCUGAUAGUAAUACGGUCAACAAUUUUAGUCAUGCAAAUCCAUUUGUAAAUGUAACAUCUCCCUGAAAUGUCUUAGUUGUGCUGUCAUAAUGUUCUUUGUGUACAAUGCAUUACAUUUGCAGUACUUUUAAAAUGUUCAGAAAACAUUGUUCAUUUAGUUUCUGUUCAUAUAUUUUUCCAGUGAUAUAAUGAGCAUUGUAUUUAAAGAAUGAAAGUGUUGCUCCUUACUCAGUUUUCGUAAAGAUGGGAUUUAUUGGCUUGUACUUUGAUAGAGCUAGGAUGAAAACUUUAAAUUGUUGCAUUGGGUAUUGGUGAUACAUUUAGGCUGUUUGUAAAUAUACGUUCUAUAAAGCUUUUCGAAUCUGUAGCGGUUUUACCUGAUCUUUUUCACAUUGUUUGUGUGUGUUUCAUAGGGAGAGAAAGUGUCUGUUUGUCUUUCUGUCCGAGGUUACUACUAUGAACUGUAUGCGACAUGAUUCUGCCUCCAAUAGCUGUUUUUAAAAUGCUAUUAAUUGAAUGUUCAAAUAUGAAAGUAGAGUAAAAUAUUUAUAUACUGUU